CAUUAAAAUACGGAGGGAGUAAAAUCUAUAAUCUAUUUAUAUGGAAAUCAGGCGGCCAUUUAAGCAAACAGAGCAACGAGACAAUAGUUUUAGCUAUCAUGACAGAAAUGACUACCAGUGCCCUGCAUCUGCAGGUGCUUGCCUUAACCGUCUUCCUCGUCUGCGCGGCGGCAGUGACACCAGCGGCGUCGGCUCAGCAGCAGCAGCUGCCGGGCUGCCCCGACAAGUGCGGCGACAUCAGCAUCCCCUACCCUUUCGGGAUCGGCGCCCGCUGCGCCCGCGACCAAUACUUCGAGCUCGAGUGCAACCGCGCCUACUCCCCUCCGCGCCUCAUCGUGUCUACCCACCGGCAACAUCUGGUCAACCUGUCCCUCGCCGACGGGGAGGCUACUGCCCUCAUCAACGCCAGACGCCAGUGCUACAACAGCACGGAGGGUUUGAUCGGUGAUGCCAAUAAUUAUGUCAACAAGGAUAUCACUCUUGUCGGCAGCAAUGCCUACCGCUUCUCUGCGGCGAGGAACCGCUUCGUCGCGCUCGGCUGCCCAAACAUGGGCUACUUCGUCGACACCUACGGCUACUACGUCAGCGGUUGCACGUCCAUCUGCCGGCCAUCGCAGGGGAAUGGUGCGAGUGGUGCCUCGACCGGGGGAUGCACCGGCGAGGGAUGCUGCCAGAGCAGGAUACCGACCAAUACCGACUACUACGAGCUGUACGUUCAAACUUUCAAACCAGGGGAAGGGGACCCCAUAUUACGUGGCGGUACGACUGCUUGCCGGUACGUGUUUCUGGCGGAGGACAAGUGGAUCGACACCACCUACCGCGGCCACCCGGACUUCGACCGAAACGACGACUUCGCGGUGCCCGUCGUGCUCAACUGGGCCAUCCGGAACGUCGGUAACUGCAGCGCCGCUACUCGUAACAUGACGGACUACGCGUGCCGGAGCGUCAACAGCCACUGCAUCGACUCCAUUGAUGGCCCCGGAUACCGAUGCAACUGCUCCCAGGGCUACGAGGGAAACCCCUACCUUGACGGUGGAUGCCAAGAUAUCAACGAGUGCGAGCGGCCAGAUAAGUACGCAUGCUUCGGCGAGUGCACCAACACGCUAGGAUCGUACUCGUGCAUGUGCCCGCGAGGUGCUCGUGGUGACCCGUCCAUUCCACAAGGCUGCCUCGAAAAGGACAAGUUCACUUUAGCUCUGAAAGUAGUUACAGGGGUCAGUGUUGGUGUCUUCCUGCCACUGCUCAUGUACUUUUGCCUAUACCUAGUUCUCCAGAAGAGGAAGCUCAUCAGAACAAAGCAAAGAUUCUUUGAGCAAAAUGGGGGAGUGAUCCUCCAGCAGCAGAUGCACUCUGGCGGAGGUGCUGGUGGAUUCAAGAUAUUCUCCACGGAAGAGCUUGAGAAGGCCACCAACAACUUUGCUGAUGACCGUGUUCUCGGUCGCGGUGGUCACGGUGUUGUCUAUAAGGGUGUCCUGGAGGACAACAUGGUGGUGGCCAUCAAGAAGUCGAAGAUGAUGGAGGAAGCCCAGACUAAGGAAUUCGCGAGAGAGAUGUUCAUCCUCUCCCAGAUAAACCACAAGAAUAUCAUCAAAUUGCUCGGUUGUUGCCUCGAAGUCGAAGUGCCCAUGCUGAUCUAUGAGUUUGUCUCAAAUGGAACACUCUACCACUACAUACAUGGCAAGGAACCCAUAGCUCACAUAUCACUUGAUACCCGUCUUCGGAUAGUAGCAGAGUCAGCCAAGGCACUCUUCUACAUGCACUCGUCUGCUUCACCGCCAAUCCUCCAUGGAGAUAUCAAGACAGCAAACAUCCUACUUGAUGACAAGCUCAACGCCAAAGUUUCAGAUUUUGGGGCAUCAAAACUAGCACCAGCUGAUGAGGCCGAGAUUGCAACGUUGGUGCAGGGAACUUGUGGGUACCUAGAUCCUGAAUACCUAAUGACUUGCCAACUGACCGAUAAGAGUGACGUUUACAGUUUUGGUGUCGUCGUGCUAGAGCUUCUAACCAGGAAGAAGGCAUUGUACUUGGAUGGACCAGAGGAAGACAGGAGUCUGGUGUCAUGCUUCAUCACAGCAGUGAAAGCUGGUCGUCAUCAAGAGCUUCUGGACAACCAGGUAAGGAAUGAGAUGAAUGAAGAAAUGCUCACAGAGAUUGCACACCUCCUGAUGCGAUGCCUAAGUAUGAACGGGGAAGAACGACCGACGAUGAAGGAGGUAGCGGAGAGGCUGGAGAUGCUGAGGAGAUACCAGCAACAUCCUUGGGUUGAAGCUGAAGGUAAUGCCGAAGAGAAUCAGAGUUUGCUUGGCAUUGAACAACGGAAUUCAAAUUACCAACUCAAGCAACAUGAUGUUCUUGAUCUAGAAGAAGGAAGUACAUAUACAUUUAGCUUGUAGAUCAUGUUUGUUUGUGUUAACCUUUUAUAAUCAAUCAAUAAAUUCAGGUACAAAUUCUUUAAAA